GACGGGGGCGGCCCCGGGCGGAGAGAGGGCCCCGCGGGCGGGCGCACGUCGAGGGCUGCGGCCGCCGCGGUAGCGCACGGGGCCACCCAACCGGCCGCGGGCCCAGGAUCCAGGCGUCUGGACCGAGGUUGAGCUGUCGGGAGGGUGGAGCCACAGGGCCUGCAAAAUGCUGGCUGUCCCGGAGCUGGGCCUGCAGGAGCUGUACAUCGGUAAGACCCUCACCUCUGCCGCAGCCCCCCUCCCCCUGGCCCUCAGACCCACCCCCAGUCUGUCCACAUGCCUCUCCCAGCAGAGGCUCCCCUGAGCUGUUCUGUGUGUGUGCUGGGGUGGGGCUGGGGGGUCAGUGCACAUGGGAUUGCGUACGUGAGAGAAUGUGUGUGUCUGUGUGUGGGCGCUUAGCAGGCAUGUUCAUGGAACCCCCAAGUGUCUUCAUGUGUGCGUAUGUAGGGCAGGCCUGUGUGUAAUGUGUGUAUGUGUGCGUGCGUGCACACGCAUGUACCUCUGCCUAUGGGCAGGUCUCUGGGCACAGGGUCUUGGAUGAGCGUGUGUGUGUCUGCACAGAGCUCUCUUUGUGGUUGUGAGUGUCUGCCUGUGGCCUGGUCUGGGAGCAGGCUCUGGUUUCUCUGCGGGGGUAGGAGGCCAGGAGGCAGGAGGAACACGCCACAGGAAGUCCAUUCACAAAGACCUGGAGGGCUGGGCCUUCCUUCCUGCCUCGCUUCCCAGGCUCAGGUCAUAGCAACUUGGCUGCUCAAGCUGGAGCUGGUGGUAGGGCCCAAGCCUACUCUGGCCGCCUGAGAAAAGGGGGCUCUGGGAGUGUGACUGCCAUGUCUCUGCCCCUCCAGCUCCUCAAGAUGGAUGCCAGCCCUGUCCAGGCAUUUCCUAGGGUCCCCUUCAUGCCCAGCCCCUCACGUAUGUUCGUGGGGUAUCCCAAGGCCAAGGGGGGCUGGGAGCUGUCAGGGCUACGUGGCUGUGGCUGAGGGAGUGCAGGCCCUGGCCUGGCUCCGCCUGAAGCCAGACAGACCUGUCUGAUUUGCUCAUGUGUCUUCAUGUCAGACCCCAUCUGUCCCCCAGCCAGCUCCCCCUCAACCCACACAGGCAUCUCAGGGCAGCCCCAGGGCCCCUCCCAGGGGCCUUAGCAAAGCCCAGUGUGGUGGUGACAAGCCACCAGCCCACACCUGGGGAGCUUGUCCAGCCAGGCAGGCCGUCCUGCUCCUGAGCUGCCUGAGCCUCCAAGCCAGGCUUUGGGCUACCUUCCAGGAGCUGGACUGCCUCCUUCCCCCAAAGGUCCAGCUCAGGCCUGGGCCUGGGAGAGGAUCUCAAGGGGGCCUCCUGCCCCCAAAACGCUGGCUCCAGGUCUCUGUGUGCUGUGGGGGAGGGGGUGUUGUGGGAGAGGGGAGGCUUGGCAUCUGACUUCCCUGUGGGGUGGACACCCCUCAGCUCAGGGCUGGGCCAGGGGCCCUUGGGAGUGGGGGGCAGGGGGCAACGCCUUCGAAUCCUGAUUAGAAGCAUAAGGGGGCAGAGAAGCAGCCCCACCUCGCAGUCAGGUCUGUGGUUCCCCCACCUUUUCUGGUUUCUCCACCCUCUACCUUCACUCCAGGACCUCACCUGCCUCACCCCCCUGCCCUUCCGUGUCUGCACCCGGUCUCCUGCCUCGACAGUGCCUCUCUGUCUCUCCCCUCCCCUGCUGUGUCUGACGGGUGCUGGGGGAGACAGUGGGUCCCUAGGGGAAGCAUGAGUCACCCCUCAGGAAUAGGUCACCUCACCUGAGGCCAGGCCCUGAGCCCCAGUGUCCCCCUUCUACCUUGGUCCUGUCCUUCCCAUCCUCCCUCCCAAGUCCCAGGUCCCCAGCAGGGUGCCCCUUACCAAUGACUGAUGGAGAACCUUCCAGGCCUGGGGCCUGGCCGCCAGCCCCUUACUCUGAUGGUGCCAGAGUGACUUGCCCUCUCUUUGCAGGUUCCAGCCCAGGGCGGUCCCCAGUGCCCAGCCCACCCGGCUCCCCAAGGACCCAGGAAAGCUGUGCCAUUGCCCCCCUCACACCCUCACAGUCUCCAAAGCCCGAGGCCCGGGCCCCGCAGCAGGCCUCCUUCUCCGUGGUGGUGGCCAUUGACUUCGGCACCACAUCCAGCGGCUAUGCCUUCAGCUUUGCCAGUGACCCUGAGGCCAUCCACAUGAUGAGGAAAUGGGAAGGUGGGGACCCAGGCGUGGCCCACCAGAAGACCCCCACCUGCCUGCUGCUGACCCCAGAGGGUGCCUUUCACAGCUUUGGCUAUACAGCCCGAGAUUACUACCAUGAUCUGGACCCUGAGGAGGCUCGUGACUGGCUCUACUUUGAGAAGUUCAAGAUGAAGAUCCACAGCACCACCGAUCUCACCUUGAAGACCCAGCUAGAAGCCGUAAAUGGAAAGAAAAUGCCAGCCCUGGAAGUAUUCUCCCAUGCCCUGCGCUUCUUCAAGGAGCAAGCCCUUCAGGAGCUGAGGGAGCAAUGCCCGUCGCUACCGGAAAAGGACACUGUGCGCUGGGUGUUGACGGUGCCCGCCAUCUGGAAACAGCCAGCCAAGCAGUUCAUGCGGGAGGCUGCCUACCUGGCUGGACUGGUAUCAAGAGAGGAUGCAGAGCAAUUACUCAUCGCCCUGGAGCCAGAGGCUGCCUCUGUCUACUGUCGCAAGCUGCGUCUGCACCAGCUCCUGGACCUGAGCAGCCGGGCUCCUGGCAGCAGGCGCCUGGGGGAGCGCUGCUCCAUUGAUUCGAGCUUCCGGCAGGCCCGAGAGCAGCUUCGAAAGUCGCGCCACAGCCGCACGUUCCUGGUGGAGUCAGGCGUCGGAGAGCUGUGGGCCGAGAUGCAAGCAGGAGACCGCUACAUGGUGGCAGAUUGCGGGGGAGGCACCGUGGACCUGACCGUGCACCAACUGGAGCAGCCCCAUGGCACCCUCAAGGAACUCUACAAGGCCUCUGGCGGCCCCUGUGGCGCGGUGGGAGUGGACCUGGCCUUUGAGCAGCUGCUGGGCCGCAUCUUCGGCGAGGACUUCAUCGCCACCUUCAAAAGGCAACGCCCAGCAGCCUGGGUGGAUCUGACUAUAGCCUUUGAGGCCCGCAAACGCACCGCAGGCCCGCACCGUGCGGGGGCGCUCAACAUCUCGCUGCCCUUCUCCUUCAUUGACUUCUACCGGAAGCAGCGAGGCCACAAUGUGGAGACGGCCCUGCGCAGGAGCAGUGUGAACUCCGUAAAGUGGUCCUCCCAGGGGAUGCUCAGGAUGUCUUGUGAGGCCAUGAACGAGCUCUUUCAGCCCACAGUCAGCGGGAUCAUCCAGCACAUAGAGGCGCUGCUGGCGCGCCCCGAAGUGCAGGGCGUGAAGCUGCUGUUCCUGGUGGGCGGCUUCGCGGAGUCGGCCGUGCUGCAGCACGCGGUGCAGGCGGCGUUGGGCCCCCGCGGCUUGCGCGUGGUGGUCCCGCACGACGUGGGCCUCACCAUCCUUAAGGGCGCCGUGCUCUUCGGACAGGCGCCCGGUGUGGUGCGAGUGCGCCGCUCGCCGCUCACUUACGGCGUGGGAGUGCUCAAUCGCUUCGUGGCUGGGCGCCACCCACCCGAAAAGCUGCUGGUUCGCGACGGCCGCCGCUGGUGCACCGACGUAUUUGAGCGCUUCGUGGCCGCCGAGCAGUCGGUGGCCCUGGGUGAGGAGGUGCGGCGCAGCUACUGCCCGGCGCGCCCGGGCCAGCGGCGCGUCCUUAUCAACCUGUACUGCUGCGCCGCCGAGGACGCGCGCUUCAUCACCGACCCGGGCGUGCGCAAGUGCGGCGCGCUCAGCCUAGAGCUCGAGCCGGAGCCCGCGGAGGGCGGCCCCAACGCUGCCGGAGCGCCCCCUGGCCGCCGCGAGAUCCGCGCCGCCAUGCAGUUUGGCGACACAGAGAUUAAGGUUACUGCCGUCGAUGUCAGUACCAAUCGUUCCGUGCGCGCCACCAUCGACUUUCUUUCCAAUUGAGGGCGCGAGCACGAUGCCAGCCCCACCUUGGCCCAGCCGCACCCUUUUGGCUCCAGGGCCUGGGGAGCCGGCUGGGGCCAUGCUGCCCCGGGAGAUGAGGUCGCAGGAGGGAUGGGUGGGGACACAUCCAGAAACUCUGGCUUUGGGAUUGGGGCCUGGUCCCAUGACUGGAAGGUCGAAGGGCCCUGUCAAGGACUGAGAUCAAGACGACUUAGGUUUCUAAGACGGUGUGCCCGCAGGGAGCUCUUGAUCCAGAAAGCAGAGAAUGCACCAGAAGAGUAGAGUCCUGGUCUGAACUGGGGGCCAGGGGGGGAGUGGGGAGGGGGGUUGGGGUGGAGGCAGCUGGGAGAAGCUAAGCAACGCUACUGCAGGUGAGGCCGCAGGAGAAAGGAGGCUGUGCAGGGCCUGGGCCUGGGGGCAGAGUGCAGGGAUUGGCUCAGCCUGUGUAAGGGAGCUGGGCAGCACAACAACAGGAAGGCGGACCUGAGAGGGCUAGAGGUAAAAGGACCUUCCUUCCUGGGUGCGGUACUGACCACCCAAGUAUGAAUGCUGAGGAAGGGCAGUGGUAGGUUCUGAGAAGGGUGCAGGGUGAAGGCACUUAUAAGAGGAUGUGGGGGAACAUGUUGGGGUGUUGGGGGGGGGCUUUCCUUUAUCUGAGAAGGUCCCAAGGCCAGCCUAUAAAUGACCCACUUGAACUCUAUCCAACCACCUAAGUGGAGGAGGGGAGGGAAGGCAGAGGGGGCACUGACUGAGGGCUGGUCCCACCUCUGCCCCCUCAGCUCUGCUGGCAGCUCAGUGUACCUGCCUGAGCCCCCUUGGGUGACAAUAAAGCAUGCUCAAGGUGAAGCCAUAGCCUCCAGGUACCUCAUGAGAGGGAACCCCAAAAGCAGAGUUGUGGAGAAGGGCUGGGAACUGACUAAAAGGAGGUGCUCCUGUCUCCAGGUCAAGCCCCCUAAGCUGAACAACCGAUUCCACAGACCAAGCUCUGACCUGGGCAGAAGGCUCCCCAUUCAAACUCCGUCUUGGCGACUGUUCCCAGGCCUAAAAUGCCACCACCUAUGCAUACAUCUUUGGGGGCUGGGGGCUGUAAUACCAUGAAGUGACCCUGCCUCCAAAAAGAAUGAGUUUAGCCAGAACUGUUCCUUGGCUCAACUGCAGAAGGGUGGGCAUCCUCAGAGCCCUGGAGAACAAAAAUAUCCUGCUGGCCUCUGGUGUCCAAUGGAAGUUUUAUUUCUUUAGGAUUUUAGCCCAACCAGUCAUUUAAAAACCAAGUAACACAGACCUGGGGAGUAGGGGCUGGGGACCGCACCUCCCUCCUACUCACCAUGGACAGCAGUGGAAAAGAGGGAGGGGACAGGAGAGGUGGCCAAAGCGAGACAGCAGCAGCAAUACUGGUGGCAGCUAUGCCACAGAGCCAGCUCCCUCCUCUCCCAGGCCCUGGCAGGAGCCCCUAUGGCUUGGGGAGGAUGGUUGGUAAAACCCGCCCCAGGCUCUCCCCCAUCCCUCCUCAGAUAGCCUCCCUGGGGGCUCAACCCAUUUCUUCCGGCAGGAGACUGAGGCACACCGAGAGGAGGAAGUGGGAGAGGAGGACGCUGGGGAGGCAGGGAGGUGGCACACAUAUGAGGUGAGAGGUGUGGGCAGGGCUCUGGCUUGGAGGCCCUUGGACCCUCCACCUCCAUGCCCACCCCGGGGAGGGGUGCGGAAGCUACACCGUCACGCAGCAUUCAGGGAGAGGAGGUGGGGUUUAAGGCUGAGGGGCCCCAAGGCAGGCGGGGGCGCGGGCCUCAGUCGAAGCCGUGCCAAUCACUGUGCUCCGAGUCGUAUUCAAGCUCAGCACCCACGCACUUGACACCAUCUAGCAGCAUGGGUGUGCCGUGGUGUCGGUCUGCAAGGCAGGCGACAUGUCAGUAUGCCAGGCUGGAGCCCAGCCCCAGCUACUCCAAGGGAACUGCCACCCUCCCUCCUGGCUCCGCUAGGGGCGUGGGGAGGAGGGCACCCACGAAGGAGCUGGGAAUGGGCGGGGGCAAGGAUCCCUUUCUCCGAUGCAAGGGGGUGGGGAAACCCCUUGUGGCCAAAUGGGUGCCUCCCUCCUCCAGCCAGACCCACGCCUCACGCUCUCACCCAUGACGCGUGCCUGUACCACGACCCGCACGCAGGUGCCGGUGCCACCUUCACAGGCCAGCAGCAUCUCCUCCUUGAGGACGCCCUCCUUGUGCGCCGAGUACUCACACUUGACGCUGUAACCUGCCCAGGUGAUCGACAUCUCUGCAGCCUCCCGCCCCGACCCCCAGCACCCAUUGCCCCCCAGGACUGGCUGACUCCUCCAAAGGAGUGGGGAAGGCCCAGGACCCACCCCCCCAGGGCUGUGCGCACUGGCCUCUGGAACUUCACAUUUUUCAGUGAGCUCCACAUGACUUCGCCCACAGGCUUCCAAGAGGUGGGACUCCCCAGUAAGGUAGGUGGGGAGAGGGGGUGACGGGAGGGAGGAGUAGGGCAGGGCUCAAGCAGAUCAGGUGGCAAGAGGCGAAGGCUGAGAGGGCUUGCUCAAUCUGCUUAAGGGCAAGGUCAUGAGAUGAAGGUAGGGGGACAUGAAACUGAAGCUGGGGCUUCAGCACAUGGUGAAACUGAUACCCUAGCCUUUGGGAGCUGGUGGGGGUGGGGUGGGGAGCUGCUGAAGCUGGCAGGGUACAAAGAAGCAGCCCAUGUCUGGUGGGUGCUGGGAGGUAGCUGCCUGGAGGUCCUGAGGUUCCAGUGGAUUCUUCCUGAGGUGCAGGAAAGGGAAGGCUCUAGGCAGCCCACUGAGGGAACUACCAGGCAAUGAACAGAUACAGACCAACUCUGUGAGCCUGUGGACUUGCGUCCAGAGAGUGUGGCCUGGGAUGGGGGCCCACACUGCAAGCCUAUAAAGAGGCAUCAUGGCCCCAGAGUGCUGAGCUGCCCGGGGUGGGGAGGCGGAAGUACCCCAUGCUCUCACUCCCACUCACAUGCAGGCCCUGCUGGAAAAGGGGACGCACCUUCUGGGAUGGGCAUGACGCUGAGGAGCUUGAGGUGCAGGCUGGGGACAGGUGCCUCUCGGACGUCCUUGCUCAGCCUGUGCACUGGGGGCAGAGUGAAGGUAAUCUCAUACCUGUGCAGGAUCUUCAGGAAGCCAACCUGCAGCAGGAGGGGUGGGGUAAGGAGGCACCUUCACUCUCAAUCUCCCCCCGGGGCCCACCCAGGUUGUGCCACCUAUGAGCUCUGUACAUGAGCAACAGAAAUUGCUCAGGCCCUACACUGGCUUCCUCCAUAAUCCCAGGGGACCCUGACUCCCUCCAUCUAGCUGGUCCAUACCUCUGGCCUGGUAGUUCCAGGCCCUUUCUCCAAGGCUCCACCCCUACACCUUGGCCAGCACACUCCUUAGCAUCUGUCUCAUGGGCCCUGAAGUUCCUCAGUGGCCCAUUCUGUAGGUGAUGAAAUGGAAGCCAGGAAACAGUUGGCUGAA